UUACUAACCCGCUUCUCUCUCCUCCAUAUCCAAAAAUAAUCGUCUCUCUCUCUCUCUCUCCUCACAACAAUGGCAGUCGCUCCAACCUCGUAUCUCCACUCCAAAAUCGACUCUGCGCAGUAUUCUCUCAGCUGUGCCAGCAAAGUAUUUGUGGGUUUAAGAGCUCAAUCUCCAAAUUGUUAUGGAGUAGGAAAACCCAAUUUGAAUGUGGAAUUCCAUGCCAGAGUUCACAAGAGUAUGGAGUCCAGAUCUAGUAAUAGGAAACCAACAAGGGGCCGUGUUUCAAUGAUGCCUAUUGGAACACCUAGAGUGCCUUAUAGAAACCCCACAGAGGGAACUUGGCAGUGGGUUGAUUUGUGGAAUGCUCUCUACCGUGAACGUGUUAUUUUUAUUGGGCAACACAUAGAUGAAGAGUUCAGUAACCAGAUACUUGCAACCAUGUUGUACCUUGAUAGCAUCGAGGAUUCAAAGAAGCUUUAUAUGUACAUUAAUGGCCCAGGUGGAGAUGUGAGUUCUUCAUUGAAAUUGUUUUCAUCUGGUAUAGCCAUGUAUCUCGUUAACAAUUUCUUUUUUUUUGUGAAGGGUAAUCGCUUUGCAAUGCCUCUUUCAAGAAUUGCAUUGCAGUCCCCGGCUGGAGCUGCUCGUGGCCAGGCUGAUGACAUUCAAAACGAGGCGGAUGAGCUGCUGAGGAUAAGGGACUAUCUAUUCAAGGAAUUGGCUGAGAAAACUGGCCAGCCCGUUGACAAGAUACAUAAAGACCUAGGUAGGGUGAAGCGUUUCAAUGCUCAAGAAGCACUCGAAUACGGUCUCAUUGAUCGUAUCGUUAGGCCGCACCGUAUAAAGGCCGAUGCACCAAGAAAGGAUUCCACUGCAGGUCUUGGUUAAUUAUUCAUUCCAAUUAUUGUAAUCAAAUAUGCCAUUGGCUGUUAUAUAGUUUUACAAAUAGCAAUUUGUUCUGUAGUUGAUUGCCGAUUUCUAUUUUUAGCCUUCUUUUUAUCUUUCGAUGCGUACUUUUGAUGGAAAGCUUGAAGCUGGUUUCUUGUACUCUUUAAUAUAUCGAAAGUUUCGAUUUUACGGAGA